AUGGCAAACAAACUUCCAUUUGACAACAAUGCAUUCAUCCCUGGCAGUCUGCAAGAUCUCGGAGACGCUCGUCUCCUCCCAGCCUCAGCUCGAACGGCGGAUCAUCAACUCGCCAGCCCCACAGGAGAAAUCCGGAAUUUCUUGAAGAAAGACUUGAUGGUGGAUAAGCUGAAUAGGAUCGGUCCCUACCUGUGGCUAGCCGGUCAACCGAUGCCGCCUAAGCCCCUGAACUACCAGGUGGCAACAUGUCGUGAAAUUGCCGUCGACGAGAGAAUCGACAUGCAUAUGGUCUGGGAGGACUCUCAACGUAUCCACCUGAAGCCACUUCCACGAUAUUUGCUUGAUCCCCAGUUUUGGGAAUCCCACCUCGUUUGUAAAGGCCUCUGUUGUGUCUCAGCACCAGACAAGGUCAACCAGGAGCAGCAGCUGGGUUGCCGAAAGGAGCUACACAAAUGCGCUCUUGGUUUCCUGAGUUCAUACAUGGCCCUUGUGCGGUUCGAAAGUGAUUUUUUCAUUGCGCAAACCUACCGUCUGCUACCAAAUACCAUUACCUGGGAGAUGUGGCUUAAGCUAAACCAGCAAUUAUUGAGAAACGAUGCCAACAACCCAGCAAACAUCAAUUCGAGAUACUUGUUUGGAGAAUUGAGACUGUCGCGACUCAACAAAAUCUGUAUGAUUUUUCAUGCCCGCCCUUUAAGCGCGUAUCAGAUCACCUACCACACGUACGGUGAGCUGUUUCAUGACUACUUGACUCCGGUGACUGCAGCGACUAUCUAUGUUGCUUUGGUGUUGACGGCGAUGCAGGUGGGUCUGGCCACCAACCGCCUGGCUCUUAGUUCACCGUUCCAGGACGCUUCGUAUGGAUUUACAGUCUUUGCGAUUCUCGGGCCUCUCAUCGGAAUUCUGUUCAUUGGGGUUAUAUGGGGUCUCGCAUUUACCAAUAAUAUGAUUGGCUCGUGGAAAUUCAAACAGCAGCAAUUUGCUCUCUAUGAGCAAUCGCUAGUGCGAGAUCAAUUACCUUGA